UCUAAUGAGCGUGCAGCUCCGUUGGAAAAGCAGUAGCAGUGCUCAUUAGAUAUCGAACGUUGCGUAUUGCAUCGAUUAUCGCUAGCUGCGAGGACCAUCAGUCUUAAAAACAUGCAGCAGCUGGUUGUCGCGGUUGCUUGUACUGCAAUAGCGUUGGUAUUGAUUAUUAGCACCAUCAUAUACACUCACUUUACUUAUUCUGCUGAACCGAAGGAGAAUCGCACUGAUUUUAAUGCUCUACAAUCUCAACCAAAACUUCCGCCUGACUAUAAGGAAUGUGGUCGAAGCUUUGUCUAUAAUGAAACUGAUGCUUUGACCAGAGGAAUGAAUGACAAUGAGGAGCAAUGGACGUGGCUAGCGUUGUUCUUUAAACGGUCGUUCAAGAAAGACAUUAAAUGUAUCGGCUCUCUCGUGACCAAAAGACAUGUUUUAACAUUGGCAACAUGUUUUAUGAAGAAUGAUUCUACCAUGGAGAAGAUAGAUCCUAGCGAAAUGUUAGUGCGUUUAGGUCGCUAUUGGAGGACAAAUUCGAAUGAAGCAGGAUACGUAUAUCGGGACAUUGCGAACUAUACGAUUCAUCCGAAUUACACGCAACAGACCAAUUCUAAUUUAUCGAAGUAUGUCGUUGACUCUGAUCUGGCUGUUGCGGUUCUACGGACCUCCGUCGAAUACAGCUCUAUGAUCAAACCCAUUUGUUUAUGGACCUAUUUAUCUAAUCUUCAGGACAUGUUCGAGAUAUCGGGAUUUAUAGUGAGCUGGCCAGGAAGUGUUUAUUAUAAGGGCGAAUUUAAUCUUUUGAGACCGACAGUUUUAAAAAUACAAAUGGAGGACCAGAUGAAAUGUAAAUUGCACUAUCGAGAUUUGGCCAGUCUUGAUUUAAAACAAACCAUCUGUGCUGGUACGAAAAACGCCUGGUUUGCCGUGAUCAUCGGUACCGGAAACAGUUUAGUGAUCCGCGAUUCAGCCACAGGCCAUUAUUUACUGCGCGGUAUUUUGACAACAAGGUGGGUGUCUUGCAAGAACUGCCCCGUGUUGCGAGAACGCUACUACGUUUUUAUUGACGUUAUAAAACACAUAUCUUGGAUUUAUAAACAGAUCAACUUGAUAUAACUUUCUCAUCAUAUUUAUGUACAUAUAAGUUACUUAACAAAUUCAGAAAAACAUUGAAACUAGAAAAAGAAAAAGA